AACGUAUUCCACUUUGAUUUGUAUCACGAAAAUUCGAAACUAAUCUGUGUAUAAUAAACGCGAAUAAAAUGACGAUUUCACCGUUUUUGUGCCACAUGAGACCAAAGAAGUGAGAGCCCACGUCAUACAGCGCCCUCCCACUGCUUUAUAAUGAAAUGGAUAUGCAACAAAUAUUUGGCGAUGAAUCAAGUAGAGCAUCACACACGACAUCAACAACAAUUCCAACAGCAAAUACCAACAUCACCCAACCAUACAGCUGCCGGCUGGCAAAUACUGCGUGGACACAACUCUGGGAAGCAGACAUCUGGUGUGGGCCAAAAGCAAACAUCAAAGACAGCACCAGUGACAGUGAUGUGGGCAGCAGCAGCAGCAAUGAUGGAGCAGCACAAAGUGUGCAAACCACAAACCCAACUGACGUUGACAACACUUACCCGCCAUCGCCGCUCACUCAAACCUACCGCUGCGUGCUCAGUCAAUUCAAUACGGCGUUGCGUAGGGCGCGCUACAAAUGCCAGCCGAUCACGGCAAAUGAGGAGGAUGGAGAAGUUGAGGUGGAGAAAAAUGAUAUUGGCGAAGGAUUCGCGGCAACGGUGUCCGAAACGUUGGGUGGCCCACGGGUGGACGGUGUCAAUUGCGUAAUGAAUACAGAAGUGAUAGUGCAACAGCUGCAGCAGCCGGUGGUCGAUUUUAAUUUGGCGCUCGUGCAAAAGCAGCCGGAACAACUACAGCAAUUACAAGAUGAUCCUCUUAGUCAUUUAGUUAAUAGUAUUAAUAUUAGUGAAGCAACAACAACUGCAACUUCAACAUGCAACAUAGUACAAAGCCAAACGCUGUACUGUGAUGAAUCAACGACAGCCACCAGCAUAUUGGAGAGCAGCAUGCAGACGGCAGCCACAGCAACAACCACUACAGCGAAUAUGUUUAAUACCACUGAUGCUGUCAAUGUGGCGACAAAUACAAGGAACGUAAACUUUGGUUCAAACAGCAGCAAUGAUUCUAUUUUAGAUGACUUUAUCUGUUACCUGCGCAUUCAAUACGAACAAAUAACCGCAUCACUUACACAAUCACCCGCCUACCAUGCAUCGCUGCCUGCUGCAGCAUCUGAUGACUCGUUCCAGCAUAAUUUGACUGAUAGCUUAAGCGCCAGCAGCGAUUUCAGCCGCCAUCCAUUGAGUAGCGCUUGGCAGCAAUUCCUCAGUAGUAGUAGUAAUAGACUGAAUGCCAGUGAAUGGUUGCCACAAUUCGGCGCUCAACUGCUAAAUGCCACCACUGAACAAUUCAACCACAGUUGGCUAGCAGGUGAUUAUGAUGAUGAUGCGCUCUGGUCGUGGAAUGCCUUUGAUAUGCUGUUGAAUGGCAGCAGCUCCGCCAUUAGUGAUGUUAGCACAGCGCAAUUCCCCCUAAGCAUCACCACCGAACAGCCGAGGAAAUCAGCAGCUUCAGUGUGGGGCCCACGCAACCUCAGCGUUGACUACUCGCUUGGCAAUAAGCUAUCGAAGCAGCGCGACUAUGAGUGGAUUUUCCUUUGUGUCAUAUUUUUCAUAUUUGCUGGUGGUCUUGGCAACAUUCUUGUUUGUUUGGCUGUGGCACGCGACAAAAAAUUACAAAAUGUAACAAACUAUUUUCUCUUCUCGCUGGCGAUAGCCGACCUUCUAGUCAGCUUAUUCGUGAUGCCGCUGGGUGCAAUACCGGCCUUUUUGGGUUACUGGCCACUCGGCUUUGUGUGGUGUAAUAUUUAUGUGACUUGCGAUGUUCUUGCUUGCUCUUCGAGUAUCCUGCAUAUGUGUUUCAUCAGCCUUGGACGUUACUUGGGCAUACGAAAUCCGCUGGGAUCGCGACAUCGUUCUACUAAGCGGCUGGCUGGUAUUAAAAUCGCCAUUGUCUGGGUGAUGGCCAUGAUGGUGUCGAGCUCGAUUACAGUUUUAGGCCUCGUAAACAAGCACAAUAUCAUGCCAGCACCGAACAUUUGUGUCAUAAAUAAUCGCGCCUUCUUCGUUUUUGGCUCGCUUGUCGCUUUUUAUAUUCCUAUGCUGAUAAUGCUGACUUCCUAUGCUUUGACAAUACCGCUGCUGCGCAAGAAAGCACGUUUUGCCGCUGAGCAUCCGGAAAGUGAACUCUUUCGGCGCUUGGGUGGUCGUUUCACCAUACGCCCGCAACACAGCCAGCAACAAUUGCAACUGCACAAUAACAGUAGCUUUCGCAGCAGUAGCAACAGUCACACCAGCUAUAGCAAAUAUUGUGUCAGCGACAGCAAUCGCAAUUUCAGCGCCAAUAAUCAUGUCAAUAACGAAGUUAGCGGCGGAGGUAUUGACAGCAUUGGUAAUGAUGAUUAUGACAAACAAAGGAUGCAUGGAUUGCGACAUACAAACAAUGCGAAUUACUCAAAUGGCGGUAACAAUGCGGUAGGCUUGAGAGAAGUCACUGGUGGUGGUGGUGGUGGUGUUGGCAUCUUUGGCGGUGCUUUCCACAAUUGUCGUACGAGCUUUCGCCGCAGCACUAUACGCCAUUCAUCUUCGUCAUCUGUGCGCAUCAAAUCGCCAACACGCGACGCAGACCGGCUGCCGCAGUCACAAUCGGCACAGCAUAGCGGCUACUGGCGCAACCACGGCAAUCCAAACAUCAUGGACAGUCACCCCAAUCGUCGUGCAUCAGUACGCGUGAGUGCAUCCCAACCGCAACUGGGUUACUCCACGAACGGUAGCACCGGUGGAAAUGCAAUGAUUGGUGGCAGCGGGAGCGGCGGUGGGCUACGCAAGAAUGUCAUUAGCAGCAUCAGCGGUAGCACGGCCAACAAUAAUGGCAGCAGUAGUGCAUUGCUGUCACAACAACACGGCAACGCCACAUGUGAACAAAGCACCCAAACACCCGAGUCCAUAAUGCGUGAAACGAGACGCCACAAGUUAAAAGCAUUCAAGUUUUCGCUGAACAGCGUACCAACGCCGACGCUGAAUUUGCGUUUCCUGAAUAAUCGCAACAAACGUAACAGCUUAUCCGCCAAUGCUGUCGCCACCGAGCAGAAGGCGACCAAGGUUCUCGGUCUCGUCUUUUUCACCUUCGUCCUAUGCUGGUCACCAUUUUUCAUAUUGAACAUCAUUUUCGCCGCCUGCCCCGAAUGUCAAGUGCCCGAGCAUGUAGUGGACACUUGCCUCUGGCUCGGCUAUGUCUCAUCAACAAUUAAUCCCAUAAUUUAUACAAUUUUCAAUCGAACGUUUCGUGCGGCUUUCAUUCGGCUACUAAAAUGCAAUUGCGAGCGCUCCGGACGCCAAUCGCGAUAUCGUUCCGUCACCGAAAGUCGUGGUGCAUUAAGUUUGUGCGCUCCUUCCGCCUUGCCACUGGCCAUUUCAUUCCAAGGUGCACCUUUGAUGACACCGUCAACCGCAAAUGCGACACCGUUAAGCGAUUUUCGUGGCAGCUAUACGAUCACAGAUGAUGAGUGCUAAAGUCGAAAGUGAUUGCCAGAGCGAACAACUAUUACACAUUGCAACCAAAAGCUAAAGCACAAACACGAAUUCAAGUCAUUGAAGAAAGCAAAACUACCGCGUUAACGACCGAACGAAUAGAUUUGUAGCACUUGUUGUACACAGUUUUAGGUAAAUAAUCAAUAUCUGGACAUACCUAGAAUCAUCCAAGAACAGAUAUGCAUAAGUAGUAUUAUGUAGUAGUACAGUAUGUAUGAGUGUUUGUAUGGUUGUGUGUGGUUUCGGUUGAUAUAGGAAAAGUUUAUGCAAACAUUUGUUAUACAUACACACACAUAAGCACGACUGUAAACACACUCACAAACACACACUUCCAAACACACACAGAGUCUCUUAAGGAUGAGUUGAUUAUUCGUGUGAUUCAUUCAGCUCGCGCGCAAUGGAGGUGUACGAUUGGUAAAGUUUUUCAAUUCAACUAGAAAUCAGAUGCUAUGGUUAGCAUUAAAAAAAUAAAUAAAUACGACUAAGUUCAUGUUUGGAAAUACAUUUUUUGUGUUUACCAAAAUUACUUUGGCAUCCUGAAUUUCAAACAGUGGGAUUGCUCAAAACUUCAUUGCAAAUCAGGAAGCCAAGCUAUUUAUCUCUCCAUAUUAAAAUACUUUUGUAACUAAGCAAAAAAAAAAUCGAAAAAUUAUAUUGAAAAAGUUUCUUUAGGAAACUUCUCAUUGCCUAGAGAGUACAUACAUGAAUAGGAAAAUAUGUUCAAUGUAAUAAUAUGAAAAUAAUUAUAUUAGUGUACGUGUUUGAGAUGCAUUUAAGUAGAGAUUUUUCGUCAAUUUUUGAUGCGCGCCUUGAAUUUGCCCUACAACUGGGGAACUCCAAAAGAUUCACGUUCUUUUAGAAUAUUAAACGUUUUAUAUGAGAAGCCUUUUUCGUGAUGCAAAUAAACGAGAAUGUUUAUCAAAAUUAAUUCUUUGAUAAUAUCUGUAUCCACUUCAGUUUUCUUUUCUCAUUUCUUUCUUUUCCAUUCAUGUCCCGAAAAAGUUGGUCUGGCUGUCAAAGACCAAAAAACUGCUAGGAACGACGCGGCUCUCACAGUAGACUAGAGGAUAGACGAGCAUGGAACAUGAGGAGAGUAAAGAAUGCACACAACGAUAUAUAUCGAGUUGUAGAAAAUUGGGGGAGAAGGAAAUUCCUGUUCACUUUCUUUGCACUUAUCUAAAACUAAUUGGCGAUAUACGGACUCAGAACGGCAGAUGUUUUUUUAUGAGGAGCUUUUGCAUGGCAGAAAUACACUAAAAGGUUUGCCAUUCUCUGCCGCGGAGUGAUUGUUGUCGAUUGUUGUGUCUGCUUUGAUUACUUCAUAAAUCUGUUAGAAAUCUGCUUGGAUGCAUUACUAAUCUUCGCUAACAGUACCUGGCAGUUUUUCUACUGCCUCAAACUGAUUUAUUAUUUAUUUAUUUAUCUUGAAAAAGGACUUCGCAAGUUGAUGCAUUUCAAGUAUCUGAGAGUACCACAGUUUGAUGGGUUAGAAGAUAUGUCAGCAGUAAAUUGGAAAUGUCUUUUUAAAUUCUCAAUAGAAACAGGCACCAUGCGAAGGACUAUGUGUGACUAAAAAUAGACCAGUUAAACUUAAACUCAUCUUGGUUAACAGUGCUUGGCAGUUUUUAUACUGUCUAAAACCGUUUCAUUAUUUUAUUAUUUAUCUGAAAAAAGGACUUUGCAAGUUGAUGCUUGUAGCCUACGUAUUUAUUCACUAACUUGGUAAAGAAAAAUAUUUAAAUACCUUCCACAGUAAGCACAGUAGAAGUCACACUUGUGCUUAAGGGGUCCCGGUGGUCUAGAGCUCGAAAAUUUAGGGUA